UCUGUAGUGACCGUUCUCCACACGCCCCUCGGCGCCGCGCUCGGGGUGUCCCUUAUAUAGGCGGCUGCUCGGCGCUGCAGUUCCCACCCCAGCUCCUGUCCUGUGCCAGCUCCGCAGCCAUGUAUCGCUAUCUAGGGGAACUCGUGUCCCGAAGCAGCGGGGUCCUGGCUACCGCAGCCGACACCGCUCUGCCGGCCGCCGCUACCCCUCUCCUCCGCCGCUACAGCCAGGCCGUGGACCAGGAGGACGACCCCAACUUCUUCAAGAUGGUGGAGGGGUUCUUCGACCGGGGCGCCGGCAUUGUGGAGGACAAGCUGGUGGAGGACUUGCGCACCCGGGAGACGGAGGAGCAGAAGCGGAAGCGGGUGAAGGGCAUCCUGCGGAUCAUCAAGCCCUGCAACCACGUCCUGAGCGUCAGCUUCCCCAUCAAGAGGGAUAACGGGGACUGGGAGGUGGUGGAGGGCUACAGGGCCCAGCACAGCCAGCACCGCACGCCCUGCAAGGGAGGUAUUCGUUAUAGCACGGAUGUCAGUGUUGAUGAAGUGAAAGCUUUGGCAUCUUUAAUGACCUAUAAGUGUGCUGUUGUAGAUGUGCCUUUUGGAGGAGCCAAAGCUGGAGUGAAAAUAAACACAAAAAAUUAUUCAGAUGCGGAACUUGAAAAAAUAACAAGAAGAUUUACUAUAGAACUUGCCAAGAAAGGCUUCAUUGGGCCUGGUAUUGAUGUGCCUGCCCCUGAUAUGAGUACUGGGGAGAGGGAAAUGUCAUGGAUUGCAGACACCUAUGCCAACACAAUUGGGCACACAGAUAUCAAUGCACAUGCUUGUGUCACUGGAAAACCCAUCAGCCAAGGAGGCAUUCAUGGGCGUGUGUCUGCCACAGGUCGAGGUGUCUUCCAUGGCAUUGAGAACUUCAUCAAUGAGGCCUCAUAUAUGAGCCAGCUGGGAAUGACCCCAGGUUUUGGUGAUAAAACAUUUGUUAUUCAGGGGUUUGGUAAUGUAGGUCUACAUUCUAUGCGUUAUCUUCAUCGUUUUGGUGCCAAAUGCGUUGGCAUUGGGGAAAUAGAUGGAACGAUCUGGAAUCCAAAUGGCAUUGACCCCAAAGAGCUUGAAGACUACAAACUGCAACAUGGAACAAUUGUUGGGUUCCCUAAGGCCCAGCCGUAUGAUGGAAACAUCCUAGAAGCAGACUGUGAUAUCCUUAUCCCAGCAGCCAGUGAGAAGCAGCUGACGAGAUCUAAUGCAUACAAAAUUAAAGCCAAGAUUAUUGCAGAGGGGGCUAAUGGACCAACAACGCCUGAAGCUGAUAAAAUAUUUCUGGAGAGAAAUAUCAUGGUGAUUCCAGACUUAUAUUUGAAUGCUGGUGGUGUUACAGUGUCUUACUUUGAGUGGCUGAAGAAUCUUAAUCAUGUAAGCUAUGGAAGACUGACCUUCAAAUAUGAACGAGAUUCCAACUACCACUUACUGAUGUCUGUCCAGGAAAGCUUGGAAAGAAAGUUUGGCAAACAUGGUGGAGCCAUUCCUGUGGUGCCUACUGCUGAGUUCCAGGCUAGAAUAUCUGGUGCUUCUGAAAAGGAUAUUGUCCAUUCUGGCUUGGCAUAUACCAUGGAAAGAUCUGCAAGACAAAUCAUGCGCACUGCAAUGAAGUACAACCUGGGUUUGGACCUCAGAACUGCUGCCUACGUGAAUGCCAUUGAGAAAGUAUUCAAGGUGUACAAUGAGGCUGGUCUGACCUUCACAUAGAUAAGGAAGUCGGUUGGAUAGUCUUUUAACCCUCCAUAUCAGAAAGAUAUCAUAAGUUUACAUAUAAUCACAAGACUUCAUUUGUUUUCCUCCUCCCUCAUCAUAGAGGAUGCAACUUCUGAAUGCUUCCGUCCAUAACUUUUAGUUUUUUGUAUGCCCUACACCACUGGUGUAGACCUGAAAGAUGACCAUAGAAAAGAUCUUGCAGACCUUGAAUAGUAUUACCAUGGCCAGUGGUUUUGAGUUACAUUGGGUUCUCUUUCAUUAUUGGAGCCUUUGGGGGGGGGGGGGGGGUACAUAACAGCCUUUAGACUUCUACUGUUAAAUUACUUUGGCAGUCAUAGAUUGGGUUCAGUUAGCGGUUAACUUUAAUUUAAUCAGGUCAUUGACAGAUAUUAAAUACACAAAGAGAAUCUGUAUCAAGUGGGACUGCAUGUGAUAUAUAAUUAGCUUUUUUAUACUGCAAAAGCCUUAAACCAGUGCCCUGGUUAAGAAAGUGGGAAAGGCCCUGGGUAGAGUGUUUAAGGGGGAGUCUUUCAGUGACUUAUUUGCACAUUAAUCUCUGCUGGCCUCCUUUGACCUAUUGCUGCUGAAAUAUUAUCUUUUUUUCUUUUUUUAUCAUGGGGAUAUCCUCCUGUAAAUAGUCACUUGCGCUAAACACUUUAUUUUUUAUUUUUAAAGCAUUCUGUCUGUAUUUGGUUCAUCUUGCCCCUGUGUGAUAAUGAUUGUUUUUAACAGUCGGAAACUUUUAUAUUGCCAUUUACCAUUUUAAUGGAUUUUCUUUUUGCACUGAGCAGUCUUGUAUUGCAAUAAGUAGCAGAUAGUGGCUUAGUCUUACUAUUCCAUCAAUGUUAGAUCCCUCUGCCCCAGUAAUGAAACUGUAUUUGCCCAAAUAUUUUCUAGCGCUCAAAGGCCUUGCAUUAACCUAAUGGUUUUUAUGAGAAACUGCCAAUGUAGAUCCAAAGAUAUUUGUCACAAAAUAUAGAACUUUGUAACAGCAUGACAAAUGAUCAAAUACUAUAAUAAAAGUCUUUACAAAAUAA